GACAAGUCGUUGGCCCUAUUUCCACCUUCCCCUUCCUCUCCAGCUCUCAACGGGAAGGUUUAUUUCGAGCGAAAAGUUUCUCUCUCUAAGCGUUUCUUGGGCUUGAAGGAGCUGAAACUGCCGCGUACCCAACAACCUCGACUUCAACUUCCGCAAGCACAGGUGAUGUUAGAAAGGAGAUGGCUGAGGUGAGAAUACAAGAGAUUUGUCUCGAGAACAAACAAUCAGAAGCUACACCAAGCUCUUCUGUUUCUGAAGGCAGUGGCAGUCCUAUACUCAAGUCACCAGGGAUAUCCAGCCCCACCACUAGCUCGACAGCUCAUCGGAGGAAAGGAGGACCUAUUAGGCGGGCAAAGGGGGGUUGGACUCCAGAGGAGGAUGAUACAUUGAAAAGAGCUGUUGCAGUUUUCAAGGGGAGAUCUUGGAAGAAAAUAGCUGAGUUCUUUCCUGAUAGAUCAGACGUGCAAUGUCUCCAUCGAUGGCAGAAGGUUCUCCAUCCUGAACUUGUCAAGGGGCCUUGGACACAGGAGGAGGAUGAUAAAAUCAUUGAACUGGUAUCCGAGUUUGGACCUGCAAAAUGGUCUCUCAUAGCACAGUCUUUGCCAGGUCGUAUAGGGAAACAAUGCCGUGAGAGGUGGCACAAUCAUCUUAAUCCAGAUAUAAAAAAAGAUGCCUGGACCACGGAGGAGGAACUUGCUCUCAUGAAUGCCCAACGUGUGCAUGGGAACAAAUGGGCUGAAAUAGCUAAGGAUCUACCUGGAAGGACUGAUAAUGCAAUCAAGAAUCAUUGGUAUAGUUCCUUAAGGAAGAAGUUAGAUUUCUACUUGGCUACUGGGGACCUUCCACCAGUUGCAAAAGAUGGCAUUCAAAAUGGCAUAAAAGACACGAACAGAACUGCUUCAACUAGCAAACUGUUUGAGCUUUCAAAUAAGACAUCGGCUUUAACUGCCAAAACUUCAUCGGUAAAUACAGAUAUAUGUAGAAUAGAAGAUGAUAGGAAAAAUUUAGAGUCUUCAACACCAUUCCAACAUGUUGGUCCUUCCUCAAGUUUUCCAGCAAAUGAGUCUGUUGAUUCUGUAGUUGUAAACUCCGAUCUGCAGUCAUCUGAUCGAAAUCUUCAAAGUAGUUGUUCAAAUAUAGAGCUUGAGGUCUGUAGAACAUAUUGUGAUUUUAGCCAAGAAAAAGUGAUUGGAGUAUUAUCACAAUUUGAUAUUCCAGUGUAUGGUUCAGUGUACAGUGGGCCACCACAACUGAAGAGGUGUGUACCGUCAGAUUCGGAUCUUUUAGAUAUGUCAUGGAUGCAGAAAGAGUUCGACCCUAGUCCAAACACUUCACCUAUGAACUUCUACACUCCACCUUGUGUCAAGGACUACGGCUUCUUUCGGCAAAGCCCAGAAGCAAUAUUAAAAACUGCUGCCAAGAGUUUUCCCAAUACACCUUCCAUAUUAAGGAAGAGAAAAAAAGAAUUUGCAGCACCUCUGCAGUCGAAUAAGCUUGGGAAGGCCAAUGGGGAAGCGGUCGAAAGCAGAUUAAAUACUUCUGAUGAACAAGAUAAGGCAACAGGUAAUUCUGGGUUGAAAGAUGGAAGUUUGUGUGGAACUACUUGUCUGGGUAAUGGCAACAUUGAGAUAUCGGAUGGAAAGACUUUCGAUUCAUCUCCUUAUCAUUUGAGAUCCAAUAGAACAAUUGUGUUCACUUAUCAGAGAAGAAAAGGAACUGCUGUGGUCAAGUCUGUGGAAAAGCGACUGAACUUCAGUUUUGACAAAGAACCUCAAGCUGACGACUACAGAAAUGUAGCUUCCAUCGUGAAAGUAAAUCCUCCGAUGACUGAUGAUUGUUCCAGUACAUCAAAGAUGUGCGUCACCUAGAAUGUAAAACGGUUGAGGAUGUGGGAUACUUAUACGGUUGGCUGGUUUGAAGCGGAUUAAUACAUAGAGACUGUUCAAAAUCCAGUGUGAUUGGUGAAUCAAUUCUCUUGCAGAUACGCGGUGAAUCAGUUCAUCCGCCAAUUGCAAUCUGUGCGCGGACUUCUUGACAUUUUUACUACAUGAAAAAUUUCUGCGACGGGAGGUUCCUUUUCAUCACUGUGAACAAUGUGAACGAUGAGCCCAUAUUCGGCUUGCGAAACGAAAUCCAAUCUACAUGGGUUUGUUUGUACAAACACCCCGUAAGAGAAGGGGUUGAUAGAACAUCUCUGUUCAAAGUGUACUUGUUUUUCCAGUUCAUUUCUUUUUUCUGUGUCUUCUAAACCAAGUUCAUGAUCACAAUUUAACUGCUAAUUUCAGACAAAGUUACUCA